AUGGCGAAACCUAGUGACGCCGCAGCCGCAGCAACGACGCCCCGACUACCUCACACCAAGCAAACCACACUGCACCGCCCGCGACCCGGUCCUUCCAACAUGCCCGCCACCUCACAGUCGACCCGCCCUCCCAAGCGCUUCAGGUCUGUCGCGUCCGACGACGGCGCGUCCGGACCUGUCACCUCGGCCAACUUCACCGCCCCCCACAAGCGCACCAUGGCCUUCGCCUCACCCGUGCGCAGGCCGCCGUCUCGCGACCUGGGCUACAACCCGCGCGCCGCCUCGGCCUCGGCCGCUCCCUCGGACGCCCACGACAAGUCUCGAUCCACCUCGGUCGACGCCGCGCCCGUCGCGCCCCUGGCUCCCAUGGCGCCCAUGGCGCCCAUCGAGGACGAUUCGCCCACGGCACCCAUCGAGGACGAUGCGCCCAAGCCCCCGCCCACGCCCACGCCCCAGCCCGAAGUCCCCGAGGAGCCCGCCUCGAUCGGCGGCGUCAUCUGGAACUCGGUGCGCAGUGCCUUUGGCGGUGGCGGCGGCGGGAACAAUGCGACGCCCGAUCCAACGAGCCCGUCUGUCGCGGCCGGACGCAAGAGGGCCUUUAACGACAUCGAAGAGGCCGAAGAGCCUGCGGCAGACGAGGCCGAUGCAGAGGCGCCAGAAGCUGAGCCUAUCGCGACAUAUAGCGCCACGGUCACCGAGACUGUUGUGGAGACGGAGGGGCCUGCAGGCGAGACGAUUGUGGCGACCGAGGAGACGGUUGUGGAGGAAGUCGAGGUCAAGGCGAACAGCACGGCUGUCGAGCCCGAGGACCAGCUUCGCGAUUCGCUCGAGGGCGCGGUGGAGAGCCCUCCGUCGGUCAGAGAUGUUCCUGCCGGUGCAGAGGUGGCAGACGAUGUCGAGACGAAGGAGGCCGAGGUCAACGGGGAAGAGACCGAGCACCCAGACCACGCUGCUGAAUCUGCUGUGGAGGAGGCCCCCGAGGAAACCGCCGCCGAAGAGACCGACAAGCCCAAGGCGGAGACACCAGUCGCUUCAGAACCAGCUGCCACCGACGACGCGUCCGAGGCCGAGGCCGAGGCCAACAACGGCGAAAACCUCCAGCCCAUGACCAAGGACGGCGCGGAAGUCUUCGAGAUUGAGGACAUUGUCGAGCACCGCCAAGCCACAGACGACGAGACUCUCUUCGAAGUCCGCGUCAAGUGGGACACGGAAGACCCCAAAGACCAGUUCUCCUGGGAACCAGAGGCCAACGUUCAGGAGGACGCGCCCGCCGCGCUGUGGAAGUACUGGCGCUCCGUCAAGGGCGGGCGCGCCGCCGCCAUGGCCGACCCGGACAUGUGGCACGUGCUCCACGUCGCAGGCCACAAGGUCCAGCCCGACGGCAGCGUGCUCCUCCACGUCGCAUGGAUCGGAUCGGCGCAGAAAUCAUGGGAGCCCGAGGACGCUGGCGGCAGGGCGACGGUCUUGAAGGGUGCGAAGACUAAGGCUGCGAAGACCAAGGUUGCGAAGACCAAGGUUGCGAAGACCAAGGCUGGUGCAAAGACGAAUGCUGCGCCCAAGGCCCCAGCCAAGAAGGCCGCUGCAAAGGCCGCCGCCAAGCCAGAGCCUGCGCCAGAGAUGGCCCCCCAACCCACAAAGGCUGCCGCGACAGCCGCGCCCACGACGAGGGUGCCCAGGAAGGCUCUCGCAAAAGCUGCCCCCGUCAAGCCCUCCAGAGCAAAGCCGGCCCCAGCGAAAGCCGCCCCCAGCGCCGCGCCAGCGACACACCCGUCGCGAGCGGCCAGGACCGCCGAACCAGUCGAAGAGGCGCCCGCUCCCGCAAAGCGCAAGGCCACCGCGACACCAAGAGCAGCACCGCCGCCGAAGAAGGCGAAAGAAGCACCCCCUCCGGCACGCUCGACGCGCAGUCGAAGGACGUAG